AUGGACGCAUCCGAGAUUGAGUUCCUUGCUGAAAAGGAACACGUCAGAGUGAUUCCAAAUUUUUCACAGGACAAAAUCUAUCUGAUAAGUGGUGACCUGGGUCCAUUCAGUGCGGGUCUUCCUGUAUCGAUCCCCCUUUGGUUGGCAGUCAACCUCAAACAGAGACAAAAGUGUCGAAUCCUGCCACCGGACUGGAUGGACAUUGAUGGCCUGAAAGAUAAAAAACAAGAGGAAGCAGACAGUCGGUUUUUCACUGACAUGCCGAGUCCAUUUUACAUGGAGAUCACCCAACUUCUGCUGCAGUGUGCAACGGAUGAUAUCCCAGGAGCCGAUGAAGUGAGGACUUUGAUCAAAGACAUCUGGGACCUGAGGCUGGCCAAGCUCCGGAGCAGUAUUGAUGUCUUCAUCAAAAGUGGUGCUUCGCAUGCCAAGCUCAACCAUUUAACAUUGUUGGAAAUGAACACAGUUCGACAGUUUCUCACCAAGGCUCUUGAUCACAUGCACCGACUGAAGCUGUGUGUGAGUGGAGACCCGGCCGUACAGCAGUAG